AUGAAAGGUGUUGUAGUGUUUACAAUUCUUGCUUUGGCGCUUGGUGUUAGGGCUGGAGACCCACUUUGUUCAGGCCUUCCGUUAGACCAGGAAGUACUUUUCCCCUCACCCAUUGAUUGUAGUCUGUAUUAUAAAUGCUACCAAGGAAUUUUCUCGGAAGAAAAGUGCCCAAAAGGCUUGUAUUUCAGCGAAUAUAAUAAAGGGUGUGUGGAGGCACAAUACUCGGAAUGUAUGGGUGGUACUGGAACCCCACCGUCCCCUACAACGUCCACUACCACCACAGAACCACCAACUGAAACUCCAGACCCAGUUGACCCACGAUGUAUCGACAAUGAGACGUCCUAUUGGCCUCAUGUUUCCGUCUGUCAUUUGUAUAUAGAAUGCUAUGGUGGAAAGUCAUACGAAAUGACUUGUCCUCCUGGUACUUAUUUCUCAGACCAACACAAGAAAUGUGUAGAAGCGAGCCAAUCAGAAUGUUGUAUCAGUGACCCUUCACAGUGCAAAUAA